ACUGACGAUGCAAAACCUGGAGACAAUAUGUAGCUACGACAUAGCCCAGUCAGAAGCUGUUCGUUUUCCUCUCUCAGGAUUGGUAUGGGCACUUCCCCCAUCGAAUGCACGACUAUUUUCAAUCGGAACAAAUAGAAACACACUCUGAUCAGCUAAAAAUGGUCACAUUAGUAAAAGUUCUGUUACAAAAGUGAGGUGAUGUCUGUUACAAAGUGGCCCAGGGGCUUUUGAAACCAUUGCAUGUUCUGCUAAUGACACGUUCAGUGAGCUACAGCAACUCGCAUCAGGAGGCUGGCUAGCUAGCUGGCUAGCUACUUUUAUACCGUCUAACAGAUCGGAAACGGAGAUCAGGCCAAAUGAACGGAUUUUUGCACAUAUCUGGACCGAUAACCCCAAGUUUAAUUAACGAAAGAGGACAAUUUGUCAUUAGGAGAAAUAUUUUAGAACGAUUGCAUUUGCUGAGUUUGACAGGAGUGAGAUUUAUACUUCAGUUUCCUCGAAGCAAGAUGGACUCUCGUUCGCUUGUCUGUCUUGUCAGACCCUAGAUCGACAUUUUGCACUGAGAUGCGAAUUUGAACUGGAUCCGACUGAGAUUAUUAGGACAGAUUAAGUCAAUAAUCAUUCGUUGGGGAGGAACAUUUGUUUCGGGGCAGGACAUUUGUCAUCAUCUUCAUCGCAUGACAAAGCCGGACUGACAGAUUCAUCUUCAUCUUUCAGAUACAGUCUUUCCAUUUUCUGUGCCUAAGGUCCGCACCAUGAAGGCCGGGGGGCGGGGCAAGGAUGCGCCCGUGGAGGGGGAGGUCAGCGGAAAGCGACCCAAACGCAAGUGCCUCCAGUGGCACCCCCUGCUGUCCAAGAAGGCCCUGGACUUUUCCGAGGAAGAGGAGGAGGAAGACGAGGAGGAGCUGGAGAAGGAGCCUCUGGUGUGCAGGGAGAGCGGGGCCCAGGAGGCGGAGUGCGGGGCCACUGAGGAGGAGGGGGAGGAGGAGGUGUCGGAACAGCGCGCCCGCCGCCCCAUGAACGCCUUCCUGCUCUUCUGCAAGCGGCACCGCUCCCUGGUGCGGCAGGAGCACCCCCGGCUGGACAACCGCGGGGCCACAAAGAUCCUGGCCGACUGGUGGGCCGUCCUGGAGCCCAAGGAGAAGCAGAAGUACACCGACAUGGCCAAGGAGUAUAAAGAUGCUUUCAUGAAGGCAAACCCAGGGUACAAGUGGUGCCCCACGACCAAUAAGCCAGUGACCAGCCCCACCCAAGCCAUCAGCACCCCCCGCAAAAAGGUCUGGUCCCUUUCUUCCACCCCGCCCAAGGACUGCGCCAUCGCCAAAAAAGUGCCCAAGCCCGACAGCGCGCCUCAGCUCAAUUUCGCCAUGGCAGAUCCCACCAAGAUGGGGGGUCUGAGCUUGCUGCUGCUGGCCGGGGAGCACGCGCUGACCGCCAGAGAGAUCUCCUCCAGCACCUCUCCGACCUCCGUGGACUCGGGCAAGCAGGCCGAAAAGUCUGCCUUAUUCAAUCUCUCUGAGAUUUCCUCCAGCACUUCCCAGUCAGGGGCCGCAGACGUUGCUAAGCACCCUGGGAAACCUGCACUCUUCCAGCUAGCUGAGAUUUCCUCAAGCACUCUCAGGCCUGCAGCAGAAGCCACAGCCGCUGAGGGAAGGGCGUCUCCCGGCCUGGCAGAGGUCUCCUCUGGGACGCCGCGGCCAGGACUGCAGGGCCCGCUGAAGGCCUGUGUGAACUCUCCCUUGUUCCAGCUGGCGGAGAUCUCCUCCAGCACCUCUCAUGCCACCGGGCCAGAGGGGAAGCCGUGUGGACAGUCUGCUCUCUUCCAGCUUGCUGAGAUGUGCUUGGCCUCUGAAGCAGGGAAGAUGGAAGCUUUGGCUCCGCUGCCCGUGGGCGAAUCCACCACGGCCCCUCCCUCACACCCUGCCGCAGUGUCCAGCGACAGGCCGGAAGCCCCCGAACUUCCUCUGUCCUCUUCUUCCUCCUCUUCCACUUCCACAUCCUCCUCCUCACCUUCGUCAUCAUCAUCUUCCUCUUCUUCUUCCACAUCCUCCACGUCCUCCACCCCCACCGACGCCAGUCCCCCAGCUCUCAGCCAACCCACAAAUGUGAAGAAAAAGAAGAAGAAGAAGAAGAAGAAGGAAGAGGAGGCGGAAGAGAGGACUGAGGCCCCCAGGCCUGACUGCGAAGGCCCGGGGUCGCCCAAGAAGCCCUGCAAGAAGCGCCAGUCGUCCGACUCGGACCUGGAGAGCAUGAUCUACACCAUCGAGGCGGUGGCCAAAGGGGCGUGGGGGCCGGAGGAAGUGCCCAGGAAGAAGGCCCGUUUGCCGGAGGGCCCCGGGGAGCCCGUCUCACCCAAGAAGGUUAAGCCCAAAGCCAGGAAGCCUAAAGCGGAAGAGAAGCCAGCGGCAGACUGCGCACCCCUGGAGCUGGACCCACCCUCGCCCCCGCCCCCGCCCAGCCCCAAGGUGGAGGAGGAGGAGGAGGAGGAGCAGGAGCAGGAGCAGGAGCAGGAGGAGGAGGAGGUGGUAGAGGAGCCUGCCAUUAAAGCUGAGCCCCCAGCCCCUGUGGAGCAGCCCCCGCCACCCAGCCCCCCGCCGCUCCUCCUCAAAACGGAGGAGAAGGAGGCGGAGACGGAGGCCAAGCCCGAGAGCUGUGGCUCCAGGAAGUCGGAGAGGACCUGCAAGGGUGCCCUGUACAAGACUCUGGUCUCUGAAGGAAUGCUGGCCUCACUGAGGGCCAAUGUGGACAGAGGUAAAAGAGGCUCUGGUGGCCGGGGCAGCGUGUCCGACCACGAGGCCGGCUGGACCGAGGAGGCCUGGGCCUUCGCGCAGACGGGCGCCAGCAACCCCAAGAAGCUAAAGAAGUCCAAGUCCAGAGACGAGCCCGUUCCUGGCUUGGGGAAACUGGAGGAGGAGUUUGAGAAGAAGUUCAACAGUCUCCCGCAGUACAGCCCCCUGACGUUCGACAAGAAGAGCACCUCGGUCGCCAAGAAGAAGAAACCGAGCGGCAACGGCGCGCCUGAGGCGCCCAAGCCCUGCAAGGGUUCAUCUCCAUCUCAGAAAAAGAAUUUAUUCCACAAGAUUGUUAGCAAGUACAAGCACAAAAAGGAGAAACCCAGUACCGUGGAUAAAGCCAUAGUGAUGCAAGACCCCCCCGUGCUGGACGGAGGGCAGAAGGGGAAGCCGGCGCCCCCCUGUGGCCCGAUGUCCCUGGAGGCGCUUGGGGCAGCUGAGAUGCUGGUGGGCAGCCAGAAGAGGAAGGCCCGGAAGAAUAAGAUCACCCACCUGGUGCGCACGGCGGACGGCAGGGUGUCCCCGGCUGAGGAGGACAAAGCCAAGGAGCUGAUCCAGGAUCAGGAUGAAAAGCCAUUAACCCAAGAGACUUUAUGCAAUGAAGAAGCGUGCUACGCUGACCCCAGGCCACAGGAAGCGAGCGACGCCGGCGCCGACACGCCCAGUGUUUCCGGCCUCCCGGCCUUCUUCAGCCUGGCCGCUCUGGCCGAAGUGGCUGCCAUGGAGAAUGCGCACAGAGGCCAACGCACAGUCACCAUAGCAGCGGAUACACAGUCGACAGAAAUGGCCCAGGCCCCUGUGCUCAUCUCCUGCGCGGAUCAGUGAAGGCUCCCCGCUCUCCUCCUCCCACGCACCCCCCCGCCCUUCCCCAGACAACACAGUCACGCCAUGCUUCUCUGCCCUAACCUCCUAACCUUUCCCUGGGGAAAGGAAGGCAGCGACGGAGAGCGCUCGGUGUGAACUGGGCUCGGCUGUGGACUCGAGGAGCAGGGCCUGCCGAACGCUUGUGCCCAGUGGGGGGGGAGGGUGCCUCCCCCUCACCCACCUUGAUUCUACAGCUCCCGGCAAAGCUGACCCCCAGCCCCCGGCGGAGCCGAGCCGGUACCAGAGCGUGGUUUUUCCAUCGGGCGGCUGCGACGGGUUAGCGGACACCGCUACACACCAGACGGCUGCCGUCUUUAAAGGUCAAGUUUUGCAAACAAAAAGUGCAUUUAAACACACACACACACACACACACACACAUACACACACACACAAAAGCUUUCUCACAGUCUUCACCCAUGUGGUUUUGAUGUGCAGGGUUUAGUUUAUUCGCAUCUUUUUUCGUGCUAGUACUCAGUACUUCCUGUUUGUGGAAGCGUGUGAAACCUAGCGGUUAACACAUUGAGAGCUUCAGCAAACACUGAACAUACUUCCUGCCCAAGGGCUUCAUUUAUUACACUAGCUGAAGAUUUGAGUCUCACAUGCCUGUUCCCCGGCUUUGCACAGCUCGAGAGGACCUGUGUUUCCUCUUGAGUCAUACUUCAUGAUGCACUCCACCCAUGUUGCAGCUGUAAUUCCAGCCUCGUUACACUGAUAAUAUUGCGUAACCUCUGUGGUUCUGACUGAGUUCACAUCAAACCCAUUUUUUGGCUGGACCGCAAUAGCGGUGCCAGCCCUUUGAACGCGAAUCUCUGCGACUGAGUGACUGAGUGAUGAAGUUACACCAUUGGUCAGCCGAGUUAUGAAGUCACACCAUUCGUCGGCCGGUCCAGCCAUAUACUAGGUUUUGACCUGGUCUUGUUUGGAAAUCUCGGAACGCAUGCCAUUGCUGGGUAUUUCUACGGUAGAGGCAAGGGGGGUUUGCUUGGGGGGAGGCUCAAACUGUCAGAAAAAGCAGAUCAAGGCCCGUCUGUAAUUUGUGACAGGCAGCCGAGUAGAUCAGGGUUCUAGCGCAAGACUCCGUUUUACUGUAUGAAGGGAAUGGGUCUUCAGGCAGCCGGUCAGUGUGCUGCUCGACAUUCUGACCUGAUGGGAAUUUUUUUUUUGCGCAACUGAAGCUACAAACUCUGUUACCCAGCACCCACUCUGUCUGACAUCAACAAUGUCUGACAUCAACUGAGAUUAACUCAUGGGUAGACUCACUCACUGGUUCACUGGUACAUUUUUUUUUCUCUUUUCCGUCAGCAUAUUUUUUCCUCUCGCUCUUUCUUUCUCUCUCUCUCAAACACACACACACACACACACACACACACACACACUGGAAGUACUUGAAUGAAAAGAGAUGCAUUUUAUGUCAAUGCUUGACCUUUCAGCAGUCUGUGUAGCAUCUGAAUAGCUAAUCCAAAUGUGUGCUACUAGUUUCCUAAGAUAGAUUAAUAACACAGACACUGCACUAAUUUUUAGCUACAGUAGAAGAGGCGUAGUUUUGUUUUUAAUUAUUCCGUUUUAUUCAUUAAGGUUUGUAUUGAGAGUCCUCCUUCACUGGUUGUUUUUUUUUUCUAGUCUUGGAUUUUCUGUCCAUGUCUCUGUCCUCUCCUUUAAAUCAUGUCACUGAAAAUGAACUGUCCCGUCAAACUGAAGUUUGACUUUUCUUCGCUGUACGCUUCAUUUUUAAAUUUUUUUGUUUUAUUUGCACAUUCUCUUUUAAGUGAAAUGGCCAGGCUUUCAUUCCACGAAAAUCUGCGGGGUAAACUUGAAAGAGGCCCAGCCUGUACGGUGCCUGUGUACAGCACGGCGGGCUAAUAUUUCCUGUUUCUGAAAGCUUCCACGGCGGGCUAAUAUUUCCUGUUUCUGAAAGCUUCCACAGCGGGCUAAUAUUUCCUGUUUCUGAAAGCUUCCACGGCAGGUAAGAGGGUGGGCUUCUCUCUUGAUUGGCAGCAGGUCAUUCUCUCAGCCUGUCAGCUGACCACCUGCUCAUUCGUUCAGCUGCCUUAGUUUGGGCAGUCGAACCGCCAAACCCCGUCUUCACACUUGAUGUGAAUGACAGAUCUUCCUAUAUCAGGGGUUUCGAAUCCUGCCCUCAAAUUGUGUAAUCGUGUAGCUCGCAAACUAUAAAUUUAGGAUUCAUACAAUGAUUCCAUUUGUGUAUGACGAUCUUUUGACCCUCUCCCUCAGGACUCCUUCUGUUAGAGCAUACUAGUGCUUUUUGGAGCUGCAGUUGAUAACCUGUACAAUUAAUUGUUUUUUUAUCAUCAAUGUUGAAAUCUUUUUUUUGCACAGUUUGUCGGCUGUUUUUCUUCUUUGUUUGGAUCAGUUAUUCACACAUACUUCUCAUCAUCUGCCGCAUCCUCUAUGAAAACUGUUAAAGAAGUGGUAAAAAACUAUUGUCUCUCGAAUACAUUGUAUGUCUCACUGUUCUGUUAGUUUUUAUCUGGUUGUUUUUUUUUCUCCUGUCUUUUUAUUUUUAUUUUUUAUAUAUAGCUGUUCCAAACCUCAGAUCUCUCUCCUGGGUCCCAGUUUACUGGAUUUAAGACUGUUGUAAGAAAACAAAAAGCUUAUAUAUAUAUAUAUAAAAAAUCCAUAUAUAUAUAUAUAUAUAUAUAUAUAUAUAUAUAAAUAAAUAAACACACACAGUAUGAAAUACAUAUAUAGAAAAUGUUUCUAUGCUUACUUGUUAAGCAGAUGAGCACUGAAUUGUACUGCACUGCUUGUAGAACAGUAGCUCCUGUUUCUCUGCUUCUCUGAGAGUAUAUAAUCUUAUAGCAACUGCAUUAUCUGUGCAUUGGGGCACAAGUACUUUGUAAAGAGCCGGCUCAUAGUUUUCCAUGGUGUUACCGUGUGGCCAGGAUGUGUGGCAUCCUUACAGUGACUCAAGGGCCCAGACCGCUGCACACACACGCAUUCGUUUUGCGUAAAACUCUAAAUGCCGGUUUUAGGUGUACUUAACAAUUUAGACUGACAUUGCUUUUGUAGUGCUCCUACUGUGACGGAUGUCUUCGGUCAGUUUGAAAGUUUCCCAAAAAUGUAUUUGUGCUUAGAAGCUGGUGAUUGAACUCAGAGCUUCAGCUUUUAAAGUUGCAAGUGAGAUUUCAGAUUUUUUCUGCUUGCUAAUAAAAUAAUCCUAGAUGCAUUGAAAUGAUAUCUUUUGUACAGAUUUGAGGAAAUAAUUCUGGGAUCAGUGUGACUUUUUGGAAUGACUAAGCAUUAAAGAACUUACAUAAGACUUCCUUGUGUAUACUUAAAUCGGUGCUGUUGGUGCACCUUGUCCAUAUCUGGACAUUCUAAUGAGCUUUCAAAGUAAUUUAGCGCCACUUAAAGAUGACACUGUCCCAAUUGUUUUCCUUCAAUCAGUUAUAAUUAAAAAAGGAAACAGAAGUGUCUUCCCAAAAAAAUCCUUUACUGGUUGAAGCACAUGUACUUCCUUGAAAACCAUUUUAAACAAGGCACUAGCCAGUGGGAAAGCAUGUACGUAACUAAAUGUGGUUUUGCAGACAUUUGCCAAAGAAAAGGGAACAGUGUCUUUAAAUCAAAUACAUGGUAAGAAUAAGGCUAGAUUAGCAGUUGCACUGGAUUUUGUUGGUGCAUAUGAUCUUCAGGUAACAGAUGUUCUUUAUCAGCACAAUUAAUGCUAUAUUUCUGAUGGGGUUUCUCUGACUUAAAACAGUUUUGUGGACGUGGUGUACAGUGUUGGCACCUUUUAAAUGCCUCUUUUAAAAGACAAUAUUUGCACCUUAGAACCCAAACCAAAAUAAUAUCACGUUAAUUUCUGUCCCCCUCCUCCUCCCCCCAACACACUUCCAUUGCUUUCUUCUUUUAUUAUUUUAUUUUUCUCAAAAUUUCUGUCCCUUUCCAUGUGGUAGGAAGGGGACUUAAAAAAGAAACAUUUAUUUCAUUUCUAAUGUAUGUAAAUAUGAAUGAAGUAUUUUAGGCUAAUUUGAGCAUUCUGGCAUGAAAUUGACAAAAACUAUAUCAACACAUUUUAAUCCCCUGCCCGUCUCAUUGUCCACCUUUUCUAUAUUUAAGAUGCCUAUUUAAAAACUAGAGUUCCUAUAUGAAUUAAAUGACUAUUAUCAAUGAUAAUACCCUUUUGUGCUAGUACUGUCUCUUGAAUGUAAUGGAUUUUUGUACCUGUAUUUUUCUAUUUGCUAUUCAAUCUCAACUUUCUGUACUUGAUGGAUUUAUACGGAGGAGUUUUUGACCGUUUACACACGUGAAUAGUUUGUAACAACCCACAGUCAUUACCGUGGAGAGCCACUGUUGUGAGAACUCUGUGAAGUUCUGUGAGGUGGCUUGGCCGGUCUGUGUCCGCUAGAUGGAUUUCACAGAGAGUUUAAUUUCAGAGAGCAAGAGUAUAACCACCCUGAUUUGUAUCAUGAAAUGCAGGAAUCAAGGACCACCCUUAUCUCCAGUAAAGGGUGAAACCAGGGACACUUGCAAUUACAAAGAACAAUUGCCAAACCCUCUGUAAUUAUAGCUUAUUUAUUUUAUUCUUUUUUUAUUGUUUGUUUAUCCAGAUAGUCUUAAAAAAACCUGAAUAUGCACCCAGAAAGAUAUACCUUAUCUGCUCCAUACAAGAAUGUUGUGUUUGUGACUGCUUGCGCAGUUUAAAACAGUCUUGUUGAGGGCUUUCUCCAGAUUGAAAUAUGUUUCCUCUUGAAAGUUUGUACCAUGUGUGCUUGAUCUAAUUUAUGUCGAUAGUACUGUAUCAUGACAUGUAUGGACUUGAUUGUUACAGCCCAGUUGUUAAUGCAGCCUUGCCUUACUGGACACCCUGCUUAGAAAGGGAUUCCUUAGCCAUUGCCCUCAGCUCUUUUCACUGUCAUUACACUGUCUGCUGGCGCAACUAGUACUCCCUCAACACCUAUUAAAAUACCUAUAUUAAACCC